CACUGGAUGCAUUUGAACUUCAUGUUUCAACCCGUAACCGAGUACCGCUGACUAGAGCACCAUGGUCAAGACGUUUCAGGCGUAUUUGCCGGACUGCCACAGGACAUACUCUUGCAUUCAUUGCAGAGCGCACCUGGCAAAUCACGACGAACUUAUAUCCAAGUCUUUUCAAGGCAGUCAAGGAAGAGCAUACCUUUUCAAUUCUGUUGUAAACGUUGGAUGCGGCCCAGCAGAAGAAAGGAUUUUGUUGACCGGACUACAUGCAGUCGCCGAUAUAUAUUGUGAAUGCUGUAAGACCACCCUGGGUUGGAAAUAUGAACAUGCGUUCGAAUCUAGCCAGAAAUACAAGGAAGGCAAGUACAUAAUCGAAAUGGCACACAUGAUCAAAGAAAACGGCUGGGAGAGCCCGCCGAAGAAAUGAACUUCUAUCGUCUUUCUAUCUAUCUCUCAUCUCUUUGUCUUUCCCGUCAUGCGUUUCUCUCGUCAAAUUCUCUUUAUUUUUCCAUAUUCACUCUCCUCCACCUACCCGCAAUCGCGCCGAAAUUAACUCUCUCUUUUUUUUCCAUUGAUCCAAUCUCGAAAAGUUUUACGUUUUUCCGGACAAUUUGUUGUUGAUAUUGCCGACGAAUGUUCACCGUGACCACGACAAAUGUUAUCGCACAGUUUUGACCACAACGAAGGUGAAUAAAAUUAUAUUCACGCUGCUUGUUAUAAUAUUUUCGCCAUCGACCUAGCUCCACUGGAUAUACAUGCGCAAGUGAUCAACGGUAAAUGACGGAGGAAAAUCUCAAUUAAUACACCGAAGUUAACAUUAGACGAUUAGCUUGUGGUCUUAUUAUAAUUAUUAAUGUAGUAUUGAUUAACUAAUGGUGUACCUAUUUAUAGUGUUAAGUAUUUAUGUGAUAACAUGAUUAUGUAUAAGAGUAAUAAUUAAGGGCAGCACUUUAAAUCGAUUUAAAAAUAAAACAACACAAAAUUAGACGUACCUAUACACAUCUUCCAAAGCUUUUUACUCGACGCAUAUUAUAUUUAUUACUAUGACCACAAAAAUCAAUUUAUCGGUUUAUUGAUAUUUCGAAAUAGUGAGAAAAAAUAAUUAUAAGUUCUUGCGUUGUACAAUUAAUAUAAAUCUAUUUAUUUUAUUUCGAUCAAUUUAUUACCUAUAACAAUGAGCUAUUCGUAUUAUCAUACAACAUAAAUCAAUAAGUACUAUAAAAUAUAAAUUAUAUAUUCAAU